AUGGCUUUGUUCUCAGUAGGGGAAGGAACUGCAGAUAAAUUUGUUGCCUUUUUAUUACGAGAUGAAGUUGAUGUUCGUGCUGUGGUUGAUCCUCCCGCAAACACAACUACGAUUCUUUAUGAUUCGUUCGUUGUUCCAACCUUAACACGUCACGAGAAAGAUAUUGACACAGCAUUAGGAAUGGCACAAGAACAAGCAACAAAUAGGGGGGCAGAGUUAAGCAAACAAGGACUAACUAAGUUGUACCAACUAGCUUCUGAAGGUCUUCUAAAGACUGGGUUAUAUAACACGUCUGACACGUCUACUAGUCAAGCACCACACAAUUCUAAGGAAAAUAAUCAAGAGAGUAGUUUAAGUUCUAUAUUAUUUCGUAGAAACAAUGCCUUAUGA